CGCUUGGGAGGCGGUUCCUUGCAUCCGACUUGCAGGGGGGAAAAUCCUCAAACAUUCCAGCUAUCGUGGGAUAGAACCUUCUCUACCUCAAUUUAAACUCAAACUUAUAUAUAGUGAAACUGUGUUUACACGGCGCUUUAGAAAUAAGUGUAAUUUGGACUGGCUUUCUGACAAACUACUCGAAAAACAUGAACUGGAACUGUGCAGUCUUGGCCCCUUGACUGUUUGCACCCAGAGACUCAAGGCAGCAUGUCUCCUGUGUCUUCACCUAAAUAUUCAUCAGGCUCAUCACUCCUCACUCAGUACGGGCCUUUUGACCAAACCCUGAGCUACAACCGCACUCAGGUCCUCUCCUCCAGCAGGUAUGGCGCUCCCACGUCUCGAUACCUCGGGGCCAGCCCCUGUCAGGCCCGAGCACAUCACUACCCUCGGGAGAUGGAGAAGGGCCGGCCUGACCCUCAGCUGGACUUCAGGGUUCGCCACUGCGAUGUCUCCAGCAGGGCCCAGGUCAGAGGUCAGGGCCUCCAGCCAAACGUGGUGAGGGGACGCUCCACGUCCCGGCCUGUGCACCCACCGGCAUCGCCCCUGUCUUUGCGCCGCCGGUCAGUUAGCUACUCAGAUCUCGCCCAGGAGCUGGUGCUGCUGGACAUCAACGACACCCCAUCACCACCUCCCAGGCAGCACAGAGUAGGACGAGACGGGGCAGAGAGGAACAGCAGAAUUCUCCUCAGGAACUCAGAGAACUCCAAGAAUGCUCAGGGUCUGGUUGGCUUGAGGAAUCUUGGCAACACAUGCUUCAUGAACUCCAUCCUGCAGUGUCUGAGCAACACCCACGACCUGCGAGACUACUGCCUCCGAAACUGCCACCUCACAGACCUCAACAAAAGCUGCCGGGCCAAGGUUGCUCUCAUGGACGAGUUCGCCAAACUGACUCAGACCCUCUGGACGUCGGCCGGCAAUGAGGCGAUUAGCCCGUCCGACUUCAAAACGCAGAUCCAGAAGUACGCUCCUCGCUUCGUAGGAUACAAUCAGCAGGAUGCUCAGGAAUUUUUGCGCUUUCUGCUCGAUGGCCUUCACAACGAGGUGAACCGAGUAGUUGGCCGGCCGCGGAUCCCGGUGGAGGACUUUGACCACCUCUCAGAUGAGGAGAAAGGGGAACGCAUGUGGAACAAGUAUCUGGAGAGGGAGGACAGCAAAGUAGUUGAUCUGUUUGUUGGACAGCUGAAGAGCUCAUUGACUUGCAAUGAAUGUGGCUUCUGCUCCACAGUGUUCGAUCCAUUCUGGGAUCUAUCACUCCCUAUCCCCAAGAAAAGCUCUGGUGAGGUGACUUUGACGGACUGCAUCAAACUUUUCACCAAAGAGGAUGUGCUUGAUGGAGAUGAGAAACCGAUCUGCCAGAGAUGCAAAUCCAGAAGAAAAUGCACAAAGAAAUUCACCAUCCAGAAAUUCCCCAAAAUCCUUGUGCUUCACUUGAAACGCUUCUCUGAGCCUGGACGUGUGAAGACUAGCAAGCUUUCCACAUUUGUCAACUUCCCUCUCAAAGAGCUGGACCUCAGGGAUUUUGCAUCCGAGAACAGCGCAACAGCUAUCUACAAUCUGUAUGCAGUAUCUAAUCACAUAGGCACAACCCUGGGUGGGCAUUACACAGCAUACUGCCGUAACCCAGCCCUUGGGGAAUGGUACUCAUAUAAUGACUCAAGGGUGAACCCCAUGUCUUCCAGUCAGGUGCGCAGCAGUGACGCCUACGUGCUCUUCUACGAACUCGCAACCUCAUCGCGCAUGUGAUCAGGCCCACUAGGCUGGGCCCUGCAGCUCGGAACUGAAUGACUGACCCCCUCCAGGGCGACCAGCUAGCAUUGGAGCCAUCAUCUCCACCUAGCACAGCCUAGGCCCAAGCUAUAGACUGAAACUGUGGACUCCAGCUACAGUUUGGCAUUAUGGUGGAACACGGGACUCACAAGAGAGCUCAUGCUCUAGGACUCCAAAACACAGCCAAGCAACAGUGUCUUAGGGGCAUAAAGACUGUGCUGUGGCUGGGGACUUCACUGAAGCUAAUGCCCAUAGGUGGAACUACUUGACAGGGCCACGUCUCUCCCCUCUCUUACACUCCUAGUGACUCUGGUACAGAGGGUGGCGGGGACAAACCCAUUUGUUUCACCUGGGACACGAGGGCAACUGGUCUUGGCCACAGCUCUACGAGCUGAACGAGCAGGUCAACAAAUGUGUGUGUGUGUGUGUAUGAGUGUUUAUGGACAAUGUUGUUAACUAUGUGUGUGUGUGUGUGUGGGCCUGUAUGCGUGUUUAUGGACAAUGUUGUUAACUAUCUCUUUGCACUGUGCUAGAGAGCUAAAAAACAGCUUGGCCACAUUGAUGUCCAGUUCAGAGAUGACUGUGUCUAUGCGAACAACUCAGCUCUUCCUCUUCUAAUUUAUCUAAUUAUUUAAUGCUGCUUGUUGUAGCACUUUCUUUAAACCCUCGCUGUGGCACAAUAGAUUGUGUUGUAUCGCCCCCUGGUGGUAAGCCAUGGUGCAGGUUGGUCAGAUAUCUAACAAAAAAAUUGCACUAGUUCAGAGAUAACCAUAAGAUGUCUUUUUUUAAGCCAGCAAACCUAUGUACUUCUCGGUGUGGUUGUGGUCCAUGGUUUGAACAAACAUCUGCAGGUCGUAUAGUCCUUGAAGACCACAAUGACAAAGCUCUUGGGUUCCCAUAGGAACCCAUACUAGUUUCUAAUUGCCUGGUGAGUGCCUCUGCAACCAUGUUUGGUUCCUUUCCUCAUUAUGAAGUAACCAUGGAGACAGGAAUAGUUAUGUGGUAUCAUAAGUGAAGUAUUUUGUAGGCUGAAAUAAAAUGUUUCAUGGCUGUGUGAUGUCGUUCAUGAUGGUGUCGGAAAGUGCAACUGAAUCCUCUCGACUUUUUUUGAGAAGUCACUGGUGUGUGUAAAUAAAAUUAAAUUUAUCUGUUCCAACCAUUCA